AUGUCUAUGAUAUAACCUCAUAAAAUAUACUUAGUUUUUUGUAUUUGUAGGAAAUUUUGAGAUAACUGAUUAUAAAUAAAGUCCCUUAUAUCAAUGGCUAGUACACUAAUUCGAACGCUUUUUAACAAUUUAUCAAUUUAUGGCACAAAUACGACUAAUUUGAGAACAAUACAUACUUCUACAUUAUUUUACGCUGCUCGUAAAGGUACCAGAGCUAAGGCCAGGGCGAAGAAAGUGAAAGUUGAGAUCACUAAAGUUGGAUUUAUCCCUCAUAACCAAAGAAAGAAAGAUAAGUCCUCCAAGACCACUAUCAACAAGCACUUAGAUGACAGCUUCAAAAGGGAAUCUAAUGACAAUGUAUUCCCUAUGCGAUAUUACCGCUGGCCGGUGUACACUGCUGAAGAGGCAGUCAAAGCUCACCAGGAAACACAUCACCCUACAAUGUACAAUCUACCAGAUGCCUUAGUAUAUGCUAAGGUUGAAAUGAAUAUGGAAGCUGUUAAAAAGAAUCGUUAUAUGGAUUCCUUUACUCGUCUCACUCUGUUGCCGCACUCAUUCCCUCGGGAUGAAGAGCGUACAAUACUAGCAUUCUGCAAAGGUCCGGAACUGAUAAAGCAAGCAUUGGAAGCAGGAGCCACUACCGUUGGUGCUAAUGAAAUUGUUAAGAAAAUACAGGAUGGUGAAAUAAAACUGCCGGAAUACGAUUUCGUGAUUGCCCAUCCUAAUAUGAUAACCGAAUUGGUACCUAUUCGUGGUCUAAUGAAGAAACGGUUCCCCAAUGUCCGUAAUGGUACAUUAGAUCCAAACAUCUGUGAUUUGGUCAAGAAAUUUGCUGCGGGUAUUCAAUACAGAGUGACUAAAGAUGAAAAGCAAGAAAACUUUGGCUCAGUACAAGUGCCAGUUGGAAGGCUAAAUAUGGAUGCUAAGCGAGUUGCAGAAAACAUUGAUGCUUUUCUCAAAGAUAUUCAGAGUGUGAGGCCAAAAAGAGAUGGACUCUUUAUUACAAGAUGUUUCAUCGUGAGUCCGCCAUCGUCAGAAGUUUUAAAAAUCGAUCCAUUUGUUCACGUUGAGCGCACCUUGGCGAAGGAGGUUCAAGAAGACAGUGACGACGAAGGUGAAGCUGUGGCAGCGACUGCUUAGUAAAAAUAUCUUCUAAUUUAUCAUAAUAACGUUCUGUAAUUAAAAUAAUAAAUAUAGAUCUAUAGAUGUAAAA